AUGAUCUGCCGGCGGUGUCUGCAGCGGGCCUCGGCGCUCAGCUCGCGCAUAUUACCAGCACAAAGGGCAGCAACACCCUCCCUCCCAUUCGCCCUCCGACCCUUCUCGAGCACGCUCCCCUACCGGUCCUCGUCGCCGGCGCCGCAACCGCCACCCGCCGGCGCCAGCGCGCCCGGCCCAGCCGAGACGCAAGGAGCACCCGAGUUCAGCACGCCGCUGGCCGACUCCCCGGGCAGCAGUAGCAGCAGCAGUGACGGAGCAGCAGGGUCAGGCGCAGAGCCGCUCUCGGCGUGUCCCGAGGGCACGGUGUUGUCGGGCCUGAACUACUUCAAGAACCGGACCGACCCCGUCGCGCUGGCCGACGACGCGUACCCGGCGUGGCUGUGGCAGACCCUCGAGGUGCAGAAGAGGGCGGACGAGGACGCCGACGAUGACGCGGGCGACGAGUUCUCCAAAUCCAAGAAGCAGCGACGUCUAGCGGCGAAGCGGCAGCGUGCGCUCGAGGCCCGCCUGCUGGCCGAGGGCAACAUCGAGGCCCUGGCGCCCAAGAUCCCGUUGCAGCACCAGAGCGUCAACAUGCCCGGUAAUGAGGAGGGCACGACGGAGGGCGCCAUCGCGGCACAGCAGGCGCGCGAGGACCUGCGGCGCGCCAUGCGCAAGGAGCGCAAGGCCAAGAUUAAGGAGAGCAACUACCUCAAGUCGAUGUGA